AUGGGCAGGAAAUCAAUCAACGAAACCAAACGUGCUCAGGCAGUUGCCUUGUUUGAUGCUGGGUUUAAAAUCUCUAAGAUUGCUGAUCAGCUCAAUAUCUCAUGGACUUGUGCAAAAAAUGCUGUGAAACGCUAUUCUACUUAUGGAACUUACAAAGAUCGACCACGAACUGGUCGACCAAUGAAAAUUACAAAAAGAGGUGAUCGAUACAUCAAACGUCUAACAAAAGGUGGAGAUCGAGCAAAUUCCAAUCUUAUUACACAAAACCUGAACGAGUCGCUGCCUCAACGCGUCUCUGCAAGAACAGUUCAACGACAUCUUCACAAACUUGGUUAUAAAUAUGCAGCAAAGAUCAAAAAACCAUUUUUAAAGAAAUGUCAUAAGGUACAAAGACUUCUUUGGUGCAAAAAGUUUAGAUCUUAUACAGUUCAAGAUUGGCGCCAUGUCAUAUUCAGUGAUGAAACAACUUAUUAUGUUCUAAAACGGAAGAAUAAAGUUAUGGUGUGGCGUACAGAUGCCGAAAAACUUAACUAUGAUUGUAUCCAGCAGAUGAACACAGGUAAUGGUGGAAAAGUAGGAAUUUGGGGUGGUAUUUGUGGCUAUGGCACAACAACAGCAUUGUUUUAUUCUGAUAAUAUGAAUUCGACCAAGUAUUGCGAAGUAUUGAAGAAUCAACUGAUUCCAUCAAUGAAAAAAUUACCAAACAGACACAAGUUUACAUUUCAACAGGAUUUGGCGCCUUGGCACACAAGUAAAAUGGUUAAAGAACAAAUCAAGAAAUUGAAGAUUAAAUUGCUAGACUGGGCUCCUAAGAGUCCAGACCUCAGUGUCAUUGAGGAAUUGUGGAAUAUUCUCGACAAAAGAUUGCAGUCAAAGCCAAUCAAUAACAAAACAGAACUACAACAAUGUUUACAAACCGAAUGGGAAAAAAUAACAGCUGACUUAUGCCGCUCGCUAAUCGAUACUAUACCAACACGUAUUGAGAAAUGCAUAAAAGCUAGAGGUGGUCAUUUUAUCUGA